UCUUUGUUUUAAUUGAAUCCAUCUUUUCUACUUUCUUCCUUAUCUAUAAAACUGUUUAAACCCUCAAUUUUCUCCUCAAAAAACCCUCUCAAGAUCUUCCAACUAGCAAUGGCAGCCGAAGAAAUCCUCCCCCUUUUCGAUCUCUUCUGGUUUCAACGGGCAAUUUUCACCGGAAAACCGCUUUUACAGACCCACUCCUCGGCGCCGGAAAUCCGCUUCCAGAGUCCUGUAACGCAAGUGAUGAAGACGAGAUCUCAAAGCGAGUAUCUUCUGAGCUCGAAACAUUUCCCACCUCCCGAAACCGCUGUUUACUCCACCGGCUCGAUGAUUUCCACCGAUCAAAAGCUUCAAACCAUUCUCUCCGGUAAGGUAGCGGAAUUUGCCGGAAACGGAGAAGGAAAACCGGCGGAAAUUCCGGCGAAGAAGAAAUUGGAAGGAAAUGAAAAUAAAAGAAGAAAGAAAAGGGGGAAAGGGUUGAGUAAAAGCUUAUCAGACCUUGAAUUUGAAGAAUUGAAAGGAUUUAUGGAUUUGGGAUUUGUGUUCAUUGAAGAAGAUAAAAAUGAUUCAAAUUUGGCUUCAAUAAUUCCUGGGUUACAGAGAUUAGGGCAAAAAACAGGGGAAAAUGAAGAGGAAAAAAGGAUUGAAAAUGGGGUUUCAAGGCCAUAUUUGUCUGAAGCUUGGGAAGCUGUUGAAGAAGAAAAUGAGAAAAGGAUUUUGAUGAAAUGGAGAGUUCCAGGUUUGGGAGCAACUGAAAUGGAUAUGAAAGAUCAUCUCAAGUUCUGGGCUCAUACAGUGGCUUCAACUGUGAGAUAACACCAAGUUUUUACAUUUUAUGGUAACUUUUUUUUUCUUUUCUUAUUUACCAUUUUGGAGUGUAAUUUUUGUGGGUUUUGUUUUGUUUGUUGUGUUUGGAAAUUUAUAGCUUUGUUAAUUGUUAUGUAGAUACAUAGAUAGGUGAAGAAAUUUCUCCCUCUCCCAAUACUUGUGUCCAUUGGUAGAACACUAAUGGGUGGAUAAGGUUGGGAGUGCGUAAAUUUACAUUACUAGCCCCUUAACGUUGAAAUUGUAAAAAAAAAAAAAAAAAAAAAGCCUAAGCGAACACUAACUAGUAUACAAAUGUGUUAGUGAUCGUGAAUACGAAGUCUUUGGUUUAAAUCUUCACGUUCCUAAUUAUACGGGAAAAAAUAAAAGAUGGGAAUUUAUGUGGUA